GGCGGUGAGGUCGAGUCGAGUGGAGUCGAGUCGCGGCGGGGUCGUUGGAGCAGCGGCGAGGCCGCCAUGUCGAGCGGGGCGCCGGGCAGCUCCGUCUCCGACCCGCAGCACGCGGCGCGGCUGCUGCGGGCGUUGAGCUCCUUCCGGCAGGAGGGCCGCUUCUGCGACGCCAACCUGGUUCUGGACGGGCAGGAGAUCCCGGUGCAGACCAACAUCCUGGCCGCCGCCAGCCCCUACGUGCGAACAAAGCUGAACUAUAACUCUCCCAAGGAUGAUGGAUCUGUGUAUAAAAUUGAACUUGAAGGGAUAUCUGUGGAUACCAUGAAAGAGAUUCUGGACUACAUCUUCAGUGGCCAGAUCAAGCUAAGCGAAGACACCAUCCAGGAUGUGGUACAAGCUGCUGACCUGUUGCUGCUUACCGACCUAAAGAAGCUGUGUUGUGAGUUUCUGGAAGGUUGCAUUGCUGCGGAAAACUGCAUUGGCAUUCGGGACUUUGCGCUACACUACUGCCUACUCCACGUUCACUACCUGGCCUCGGAGUACCUUGAAACACACUUCCGGGACGUCAGCAGCACGGAAGAAUUCCUAGAACUCACUCCUCAGAGACUCAAAGAAGUGCUGUCUUUGGAGAAGUUGAACGUUGGGGAUGAAAAACAUAUUUUUGAAGCAGUCAUUCGGUGGAUUUCCCACGAUCCUGAAUUAAGAAAGGUUCAUAUGAAGGAUGUUAUGUCGGCUGUGUGGGUCACUGGAUUGGACUCUACUUACUUGCGUGAACAAAUGAUGAAUGAGCCAUUGGUUCGGGAGAUUGUCAAAGAAUGUAACAACAUUCCACUCACCCCACCCCAGCAAGAAGAGGCGAUGCUGGCUUCUUUUAAACCCCGAGGAUACUCGGAGUGCAUCGUGACUGUCGGGGGCGAAGAAAGAGUCUCCAGGAAGCCUUCAGCUGCAGUGCGAUGCAUGUGCCCUUUGUAUGACCGUCACAGGCAAUUAUGGAUAGAGCUGGCUCCUAUGAGUACACCCAGGAUAAACCACAGUGUACUUUCUGCAGAGGGGUUCCUGUUUGUCCUGGGAGGUCAGGAUGAAAACAAAACUACCCUGAAUUCGGGCGAAAAGUACGACCCAGAUGCAAAUACGUGGAGCCCCUUGCCACCGAUGACCGAGGCCCGGCACAAUUUUGGUCUGGUCGAGAUUGAUGGGGUGCUGUACGUUUUGGGAGGUGAGGAUGGAGAACAGGUGCUCACUUCCAUGGAGUCCUACGACAUUUACAACAGGACGUGGACAAAGCAACCGGACUUAACAAUGAUUCGGAAGAUUGGUUGCUAUGCAGCUAUGAAGAAGAAGAUCUAUGCGAUGGGCGGGGGUUCCUAUGGAAAGCUCUUUGAGUCUGUGGAAUGUUACGACCCGAGGACUCAGCAGUGGACAGCCAUCUGCCCACUGAAAGAGAGGAGGUUUGGGGCUGUGGCGUGUGGCGUGGCUUCAGAGCUCUAUGUCUUUGGUGGAGUGAGAAGCCGUGAUGACAAUCAAACCAGUGAGAUGGUGACGUGCAAAUCGGAAUUCUACCACGAUGAAUUUAAAAGAUGGAUCUAUCUGAGCGAUCAGAAUUUAUGCAUCCCAGCCAGUUCCUCAUUUGUGUACGGAGCUGUGCCCAUUGGUGCCAGCAUAUAUGUGAUUGGCGAUCUGGAUACAGGUACCAGUUACGAUUACGUUCGGGAAUUCCGAAGAAGCACCGGGACGUGGCACCCAACGAAACCCCUCUUCCCGUCCUACCUCCGCCACACCGGAUGUGCCGCUUUGCGCAUCGCCAACUGCAAACUCUUCCGCCUCCAACUCCAGCAGGGGCUGCUCCUCUCCCUCCGCGCCCGCGUCCCUUCUCCUUGACCGUCCCUUCACGCAGCAGCCUGGACGAAGAGCGUCCGAGGAAAGCCCAUUGUGUACGGAUAACCACUUUCUAUAAAUGGAGAAGCCCGACAUCCUGCAAGCAGACAUUUUAAACCAUAUACUCGGCUUUGGUAUGAUAACCGUUCUAACUUUUUCUUUCAUUGCUCAAACGCUUCGGCCUCGGCUUGUCUCUGGAGGGGCUCACGGUAGGAAAAUGAGAGGCAACGAGAAGGCCUGUUACUUACCCAUGUUAAGCCCUGUGGCUGGGCUUUCCCUGGGCGUCCAGCGAAGAACAAUAGUGUAAAAAGAAAACUUGCGGAUGAUGGGGCAGCAUCUGCAGGAUGUGUUUUCACCAAGGGGGAAUGGUUGUGAAUAGGGAAGCCUGGCUGGCACACAAUAUACUGAAUGAAAAUAUUUAUCUCUCUCUCUCUCUCUCUCUGUGAUGCCAAAAGAGACUUUAAAAGAUCCACUGGGAGGAGGAGAAAACGGGCACGUCAACUAUUAAUUUUCACAGCUUUCUUUGCAAUUUGGAGGCCUCUGCCCGAAAAGACAGACUGACAUAUAAAGCCAUCGUUCACACUUUUUUUAUUCCUAGGAAUUUUUUUUUUAAAACAAAAUGGACUAAACUCUCAAACCAAGCUCAGUGUUGUGCCGUUAAAAAAAGGGGGGAACUAGAUAUAUAUAUAUAUAAUCUUUUUUAUUAUUUGUGGUUCACUCUUGCACUGUUGUGGACUUCAAGGAGCGGAUCUCAGUUAAUGAGAUGGGUGGUGGUGAAUUUCAGAAGUGCCAUACAUUAUUAGGAAUGGGGCAGAGAGUGCAUAUUUGGGUUCGGGUUAGGAUUUAGAAUAUUUCCAAACGUUAGGAAUAAAAAGAUGCUGCAAAGAGU